AUGGUUAGGGGUGCUGGUAGCUAUGGUUUUAAUCAUUGUUUUAAUAUGUUUGAGAAAGCCCACAGCCCUCCUCUUGUGACUCUUAUGGAGCCUCGGAUCAGUGGAAGUCGAGCUAAUGGGUUCGAUCAAAUUCAUAGGGUAAUCUAUAUCACUUUCGUGUAUGCUAGCCCAAAUGCAAACAUUAGGAAGUCUAUUCGGGAUAAAUUGAGAAUGCUCAACCCGGGUGAUAGUGUGCCUUGGUUAGUUGGUGGUGACUUUAAUGCUAUUCUUCGUACUGAGGAUAGAUCAGGUGGUGUCGUAAGUAGAAUGGGAAUCAACCAGGAUUUUAACAAUUUUGUCAUUGAUCAGGCGCUUGUAGAUAUCCGCUUUGAUGGGCCUUGGUUUAUUUGGGUGCGUAGUUACCUUCGCCAAAGGAUUGACAGGUUCUUAGCUAAUGAUGCUUGGUUGACUCAGUUUCUAAACUCUUUUGCUUCCCAUAUUGUGAGAAUUGGUUUCGAUCAUAGACAGGCGAGACUUUUGGAUUGGAAUAGGAAUGAAUUUGGCAAAAUUGGCAAGCGAAAAAAUCAGUUGAUUGCGAGAAUUCAAGGGAUUGAUAGUGUAUUAGCCCAACGUGAGUCUGCAUCUCUAAUCAAUCUCGAGAAUCGCCUGAAAAUUGAGCUCGAAAGUGUUCUUCAUUAUGAGGAGAGUUUGUGGUUUCAGAAGUCCAGAUGUAAUUAG